AUGUCUUCCGCAAGCUACCUUUUGGGACAUUUUGAAGCCCUCGACUGGCGCCCAAUGCAAUUUGCGAAUCUACCGUCAGCGAUAUCGUGUGACUUGUGCGCUGUCAUUCCGGAAAAUAUCUUCAGGCUCGAAUGUUACCAUUCCCUUUGUGAGGGAUGUUACCAGGGCGUCCUUCGAGUCAACCAACAGUGUCCGCUCGACAAGCAAGGCUUUCUUGAAAGUGAAGUGGUAAUUUCACCAGUUAGAACGACGCCUCUUCAGAAGUUAGAAGUUCACUGUUGCAACUUCAGCCAUGGGUGUAAUUUCGUCGGAUCGCUGGAACGAAUGAAAUCUCACUUCUUGAAGGACUGUGAGUUUCACGCGUUAGGUUGUAAGAAGUGUUGUGCCACGGUGCUCCGUAAAGACACCGUCAGCCAUUACAUGGAAGAACAGUGCGGGGCUCAAAAUACUUUCUGUUCGCGCGAAGAUGUUGCUAUUGACAGGAGCGUCGUUGGGAUUGGAAGAGACAUCAGCGCCUCAUUGGCAGAUAUAGCCGAAAAGCUGAAUGCUAUGGAAGACCAGCUAAAUAGCCAUACUGUGGGGAUCGACACUACGAAAGAGUACGUUGUGAAUUAUGCAGGAGUACUGCGCACGCUUCAAGAGGAACAAAGCCUGUCCUCGGUGACCAUGUCCAAAGCUGUCAGUGGCCUUCGCACAGUUACGGAAGCGUUGUCUUCUAUUGAAGACCAACGUAGCAACCAAGUUGUAAGUGCCGACGAUAUGAAAAACCGCGUUAUUUCCAUCGGACAGACACUAACUACUAUUGCAAGGUUGCAAAAAGAUGUAGGUGACAGUGUCGUUAGCUUGGCUGAAGGUUUGAAAGAACGCUCCAAGAAACUUGAAACGAUGCUGCUUUCGAGUGGGAACGGAAUCAACGUUGCUUUUUUCCACGUGCAAGGCGUCGACGAACUUGAAAAGAAGGCAAAGGAGGAACCGUGCGCCCGGGCUUUCUCUAAUGUGUUCGUGUUGUGUGGUUAUUCUGUUAGGUUAUGUGCGAAGUUAGAAAAAGAUGAUAGUGUCAUGCACAUAAGCGUUUACCUAUAUAUUUGUCGUGGUCCGAAAGACUCUCUUUUAAAAUGGCCCUUCUUGUUGCCUUAUACGCUUAUCUUGGUCCAUCCAACUGAUGAUAAAAAGAACAUUGAGUAUACAAUUGAAGUGCCAAACCUGUUUGAAGAGUUCCCUCAAUGUUUCAAUAGGCCAGGCGAAAGUGCAGAUAUGGGAUACGGCGCCCCUAAGUUGUGCAAACUGGAAGAUGCACUGAAUGACGGCUUUCUUCACGAGAACUCAAUUACUGUUGGUGUUACCCUUGUUCAAAGUAGUCAGUAG